AUGGCAGAAGCAAAAACUGCAAGUGAAAAGCAACAACUAAUUUCUGAAGAAUGGACAGUGGAGGUCCAAAAGUUUCUGGAAGAGAGCAAGAGAGGUGGUACAGUUGUUAGAUUGAGUAUGCGGGUGCCCAAGACUCUGAUCAAUGCAAAGCCAGAGGCAUACAUUCCUCAAAUGGUGUCUCUCGGUCCCUACCACCACCGCUCUAUGCAAGAAGAACCCAUGGGCCCAUACCACCAGCGACUCAGCCAUCUUUCUCAGCUGGAUAUUUACAAGCUCAACUCUACAAUAGACGCAACAAGAAACAAGCCCAUCGAGGACUUCUUCAGACAAAUAAAAGAGAAGGCGCCUGAAUUUGAGCAGUUCUAUGACUGGAAGAUCAACGACAAAGAAAAGUUCGGGUGGAUGAUGAUGGUGGACGCCCUCUUUCUCCACCAGUUUCUCAAAAAUGGGUUUCACCUUCUUCAAUGGGAGGCGACUCUAAGACAUAAUAGGUAUGGUGAAAUGCUUACACCUACACUCACAAGUAUCAGAUGUGAUAUUGUGAAGCUGGAAAAUCAGAUACCACUUUUCCUUCUCUUUAAAAUAGACAGUGAUCUGAAAUCCAAUACAGUUCAAACUUUUCUCAAGACUCAAAUAUCUCAUCUCUCUUGCUUUCAAGUAUCUCAUGAUGUGGAAGAUAUUAACUACAAAGAAGAACUUCAUCUACUGGGUUGCACGCACAAAUAUUUGUCCUCCUUUUUGCAGAUUGAUAGCGCAGAUGACAGGAAACCCACCUGUUUUGAGCACUUCAUGACAGCUAUCGACGACAUGGUUGCGUUCAUAUUUGCUCUGUUCUUUCGUCACCCGGCCAAAAGAGGCCACGAAGAUUUCCUGGACAAAUACAACGCAACAGAGCUUGUUAAGGCUGGAAUCAAAUUCAAAUCUGGGUCAGAUAAAAUCAGAUUUGACAAGCAUUCAGACACUCUUUUUCUUCCCAAGAUUUUAAUAUCACACACCUACACAGAGGCCAUGAUGAGGAAUUUGCUUGCCCUAGAGUUCAACGACGCCAAUCGUCCCAAACAUGUGACACAGUACGUGGAACUGAUGGACUGCCUCAUCGACACACCAGAGGACGUUGUCCUGCUGCGAGAAUGCCACGUCAUAGACCGGCAUAGCAUGAUGAUAACGGAUGAGUACGUGGCCAAAAUGUGGGAUGGCAUGGCCAAGCCUAUGUUUUUUGCAGGGUUUCUGGAGCAUGCGCAAGGGCUGAAAGCUGGGAUCAGAGAAACUCUGAUCAAGAAUUAUUAUAAAAGCAAGAUAAGAAAUCGGUGGGCGGAGUUCCAUGGGGAGCAUCUGUCAAGACCGUGGAAGGCACUGGCGUUGUUGACUGCGAUUCUUGUUGUUGGCCUCACCGCAAUACAGGCUUAUUGUUCGCUCAACGAGUGCACAAAGAAGUCCUGA